AUGCUGGCCAUUCGAGCUCUCCGAACUCCCGCCUCCAGGCAAGCCCUGCGCACUGCUGCCCCCCGCGCUGCCAUUUUCUACAACCGAUGCUACUCGACCUCUGGCGACCGUGUUGCCAAGUACAACGGAACCAAGGAUGCCAGUGGCAACUACCUGGUCAGCUUGAUUGAGGGUGACGGUAUCGGCCCCGAGAUUGCCCAGUCCGUCAAGGAAAUCUUCGCCGCCGCCAAGACCCCCAUUGCUUGGGAGCCUGUCGAUGUCACUCCUAUCAUCAAGGACGGCAAGACCGCUAUCCCCGAUGCUGCCAUCGAGAACAUCCAGAAGAACAAGAUUGCCCUCAAGGGUCCUCUCGCUACUCCCGUUGGCAAGGGCCAUGUCUCGCUUAACCUUACCCUCCGCCGAACCUUCAACCUCUUCGCCAACCUGCGUCCUUGCCGCUCCGUCGCUGGCUACGAGACUCCCUACGACAACGUCGACACCGUACUGAUCCGAGAGAACACCGAGGGUGAAUACUCCGGCAUUGAACACAUUGUUGUCGAUGGUGUUGUCCAGAGCAUUAAGCUCAUCACCCGUGAGGCUUCCGAGCGUGUCCUCCGAUUUGCCUUCCAGCACGCCGAGUCCAUUGGCCGCAAGAAGGUCCGCGUUGUCCACAAGGCUACCAUCAUGAAGCUCUCCGACGGCCUCUUCCUCAAGGUCGCUCAGGAAGUCGCCAAGGACUUCCCCGGCAUUGAGUUCGACGCCGAGCUCCUCGACAACAGCUGCCUCAAGAUGGUCACUGACCCCACCCCUUACAACGACAAGGUCCUCGUCAUGCCUAACCUCUACGGUGACAUUCUCUCCGACAUGUGCGCUGGUCUCAUCGGUGGUCUCGGUCUCACCCCCUCCGGAAAUAUCGGUGAUGAGUGCUCCAUCUUCGAGGCCGUCCACGGUUCAGCCCCUGAUAUCGCUGGCAAGAACCUUGCCAACCCCACUGCCCUCCUCCUCAGCUCCAUCAUGAUGCUGCGACACAUGGGUCUUAACGAGCAUGCUAUCCGUAUCGAGAAGGCCAUCUUUGAUACCCUCGCCGAGGGCAAGGCCCUUACUGGCGAUCUCGGCGGAAAGGCCAAGACCAACGAGUACGCUGCCGCCAUCAUCUCCAGGCUGUAA